AUGGAGUGCGGCGUCAGGCAGGGCGGACUGACCUCUCCUUUGUUAUUCAACCUGUACAUAAAUGAGCUGAUCGGUGAGCUCAGCAGCACUCAUACCGGUUGUUAUAUCGACAACGUAUGUGUCAAUAAUAUUAGUUACGCGGACGAUAUGGUGCUGCUGGGACCAACGGUGGGUGCUAUUCGCAGGUUGCUGAAUAUUUGUGCAUCGUAUGCGCGGGAGCAUGGACUGACAUAUAACGCUAAAAAAAGCAAAAUUCUUGUUUUCAAGGGUAAAUCUGGUGUAUACGUGCCAGUCUGUGUUCCUCCGAUUACAUUAUACGAUGUAGAGCUGCAGCGGGUAAACAGUUUUAGGUAUCUAGGGCACAUUGUGACCGAUAGUUUGACCGACGACGAGGAUCUGGAACGUGAGCGUAGGACUCUGGCGGUCCGGGGGAAUAUGAUAGCCCGUAGAUUCGCUCGAUGCUCCGUGCCAGUAAAAAUAACUUUGUUUAAGGCAUAUUGCCAAUCGUUGUACGCGAGCAGUCUAUGGGUGAGUUAUACCCGUCGGGCCGCCAGAGUCCUGCGUGUUCAAUAUAACAACAUCUUUAGGAUGCUACUGCGGCUGCCUCCACAUUGCUCUGCGUCGCUUAUGUUUGCCGAAGCCCAUACGGAUGGAUACGAUGCACUAAUUCGUAAAAAGGUUGGGUCAUUAUUAAGACGGUUGAGAGACAGCAGCAAUGGCAUCCUCAGGAUGAUUGCUUCACGCACGGAUUGUCCGAUCCAACAUAGGUUGAUGUGCGUAGUAAUAGGAAAAGGGUAA